AGACAGCUAAGGGUGUGUCCCUGGUACCAGUUGCAGUUUCUCUGCCUCCCCGCAGCGGGCGUGUGGUCCCGGGACCUUCCCUUCUGGUGCGAGGCGAGGCGAGGCUCAGCUCCUCACAGCGAGGCAUUAACUCGGGCAGCUCCAGCCGGGGGCUGACACCCCAGUCGCUUCACAGGAUGCCUUCGGGACAACAGGCGCAGGGUGGCAAAAUGUUCGGUAUCCUGAGAGCGCAGCAGGAGGAGCGCUUGGCUGGUGUGAACAAGGAAUUUCUGGAAGAUCAAAAAUAUAAAGAUGAAGAAAACUUAGCAGAAAAUCUGGAAUCUUUCAAAAAGAAGUACAUGGAAUUUGAUCUCAAUGACCAAGGUGACAUUGACUUGAUGAGCCUGAAGCAGAUGCUGGAGAAACUUGGAGUUCCCAAGACUCACCUGGAAGUGAAGAAGAUGAUUGCAGAAGCGACGGGUGGCAGCAGUGAGACCAUCUCUUACCGCAACUUUGUCAUCAUGAUGUUGGGCAAGUGCUCCACUGUCCUCAGAUUAAUAAUGAUGUUCGAAGGAAAAAGUGACGGAAAUGAUUCCAAACCUACAAGACCUCCUGCUAAGAGGGACAUCUCUAGCCUUCCGUGACCCUUUGGAUGAAGAACUGGGAAUGAUUGUGCACUUCUCUUGAAUUGUAAAUACCCCCGUGUGAUGUUUCAUCUUGGACUUGUUGAGGUGGUGGCUGAAUGUUCCCUGUCAGUCAAAACUUAAUGUCAUGUUUGAUAUUUUUCAAAUCUAUGUGUUCCUGUACAGUGAUGCACAAAUCUAUUACUAAUUUGUCCAAUGCUACCCAACAGAACUUACAGACUACCCAGUAUCCCUUUGUUGUAGUCCCUAACCUUAAUAGAGAACUCCAUUUAGAUUUUGUGCUUGACUUGUGUGGCUGUCACAGUUACUUAUGAUCCCGGAGGUUGUGGUUUUGUAUGCCAAUGGCCUGAGCACUCAGUCAACAUUCCCCAUGGUGUGCAGAAUCGUUGGAAGUCGAAAAUUGGGUUAAUUCUUUGUUUUCUUUGGUAGAUGUAAAAGGUUACAUGCGUUUGAAGCAAAGCUGGGUUCUAUGUUGUUUCCUGGCUGGUGCUUUUCCCCACUAAAGUCGAUUAUUGGACCAUUAUCACAAUGCUGUUGCUGCAAGUGUAUUGGUUGUCAUCUUUCUUAUACAUUAAAACUAGUAAUUUUCUGUGAAGACCUUUUGGAAUAGCCUAGGAUGCGAAACGUGCAGCAUAGAAAUCUAAAUUAUUUCUUGUUCUGUGGAAAUGAUUAGUUAUCAAAGCCUGGCUACAAAUUUCUGAUAUAGUUCCUUCUAUACCUCAAUAUGUUACUGCCAUGUGGUGCUAAUUAGACCAGUAAACAGUGGCGUGGGUGGGUUAAUAAGAGAUAAUUCAACAAUGUUCAGAUGCAGGUCAUUUGGCCGAAUACCUACCUACAAUUUUCUAUUUGUUUUGUAUGUGACAAAAUUAUACUUAGGAUUACAAGUUCCAGGCUCCACAGAAGUGGAAGUAUCUUUAUUUCUCAUCCAUUCCUUUUCUCCCGAGAUGCUGCCUGUCCCGCUGAGCUAUUUCAACAUUUUGUGUCUACGUUGGAAUUACCUUCUCUUGUGCUCACACGUGCAAACCUUUUUUUAUGAUCUUAAAGACUUCCAUCAAAUCACACCUCAGCCGUGUGCCCAAGAGAAUGAAGUUCACACAUGAGUGAAUAAAGGUUAAGAAUGGUAGAUAUCCGAAUUGAGGUGUACUGUGUAUGGUUGUGGCAGUGAAGUGGAACUUUGAGAGAUGAUCACCAUAAUAUUGAUAAAUCAGAAAAGAUACCACAUAUGGGAUUCAAUGUGGUUGAUCUAUUAUGUUUGGAAUUAUUUGACUAGUGUUAAAUGAGUACUCUCUGAGUUCUGGCUUCAUCCUUCUAAAUCCUUUUUGUAUUUUCAAUAUUUAAUAUCAUGUUUAUACUCGUUCAAUCCGUUUGAUAUGCUGCCAAUACCACUUCUAUUCUGCCGUAUUAUCCUUCCUGCUUCUAAUGCAAAAUCUAAUUCUAUUACUCUGACUUUAUUGAUUUUGUCUCUCAGAAGAUGUUUCUAAUUACUUAUUAUUUGCCCAUCUUUCUGCAUGUGAAUAGAACUUGUGCGAAGAUUUCAGAAUAUGGUGCUGUUGGGAACUGUAGGAAGAGUGAAUCAGAGGGCACAGAACAAUGCAACACAGGAAGAAACUGUUUGUCCUACAAAGCCUGUGCUGAACAUCAUGCCAAAUCUAAUCCCUUCUGCCUGCUCCUGAUCCAUGUCUCUACAUUUCCUGCAUUCACAUGUGCCUACGAAAAACGUCUUUAAUAUUACUAUUGUAUCUUCUUCCACAAAUACCCCUGGCAGGACAUUCCAAGCACCCACCAUUCUGUAUAAAUAAAAGAACUUGCUCUGCACAUCUUCUUUAAAUGUUACCCCUCUCACCUUAAACCUAAGCCCCUUGUAUUUGAUGGGCAUGCCUUAGGGAAAAAGAUUAACUGUCUACCCUAUCUAUGCCUCUCACGGAAGCCACCAUCAGCCGGCCCUCCGCUGCUUUUGACCAUCAUCUCAGAUCGCUCCAGGCCUUGCUCUGGUCCAUGCCGGCCGCAGCCUAGCUCGGACCAGGCGGGGAGGCUUCAGCUCUACAACCUGGGUAGUUGCUACCUCUACUCCCUCCUUCUCUACCCCCUCCCUGGGGCAGAGGGAGAGAGGGAUAGAGGGAGGGCAGAGAGGGGGGGAUGGAGAAAAGGGAGGAGAGGGGGCCCUCCCUUUCUGCCCCCACUUCCUCUCUGCCCCCCCUCCCUCGCUAGGGAGUGGUGAAUAUUGGGACGUGUGGGUGUGGUGGAGUAUUGCAUUUGGGAACCAGCCCUCCUGUGUGAUGCCGUGCCCCCCCUUCUUCCUCUCUCUACCCCCUCCCUCUC